CUACUGGGCGUGGACAAAUCCUGCCGGAAAUCUAAAAGACACCGGAAAUAGAGUGGCCGUGAAAUCUUAAAUGUUGUAGUAAUUCUAGUGUUACUUCGCUGGCGGAUCCGCGAGGUGGUUUGGAACUUUUCCAUCCGGGACUCUUUGGCUUCCAUAGGCGGAAGUCGCCGUCUGGCGUGCGGUGUGCAGAGCUCUCUGAGGUGCUGUGUGAGGUGAACCGCGGCGGCGCAAGGAGGGACGCUGUACUGCGCGGAGCGCUGGUCUGUGCUGAGGGACGGGCUGAGGUGGCUGCAGGGGUCGUCGGAUAGGGCGGGGGUCGUUUGGUUCGUAUUCACCCUGUUCUCGACGGUUUUCCGAGUCUUGUGUGUUUUGUCACUUCUCAGUGUGCUCUCCUGUGGAAUUUCACAAGUCGUCCAUGAAAGUUGUCAUCUGAGGACACUGGGGGCAGGACUCAGUGAGUGGGCGCUGCGGGAGCGGGUCCCGGGUGGGAGCCGGGAGCCUAAGAGCAAGGACUUUGAGGUGGCUUGUGACCCACUCAGGCCGUGAUUGGCGUAGGAGUCAGCACAGGCAGCGAUGGAGCCUGGUGCGGGUGUUGUAGGAUGCUUGUUUGGGCGACUCUGGUUGGUUAGUGUUCGUGUGGCCAGUGACUGAGGCUUGAUUCCUCAUAGUACUACGUGAAGAGAAACAGCGUCGGCUUUACCAAAGAAAGUGUCAGGACCACAGGUGUCUGAACUGUGUGUGCUCAGGCUGUCACUGAUGAGGUAGGAAGGGUGACCCAGGCAUUGCAUGCUUCCAAGUAUCUCAGCUGCUGAGCUCAAGAGAUUUCUUCUAAGAUCUGUAAAAGUAAGGAAUUUUGUUUUAUGGGCUGCUGUUGGGUCUCCUUUACCAACUAGUUCGUUCUUACCUCAGGGUGGGCCGGCAUUAUUGAAGGAAUAAACCCGAAUAUUAAAAACAAAUUUUCAUUGUUUCGGGCACUUUAGAGUUAUAUUUGGGAAUCCUUUGGAGAUUAUGUGCAUCAGUGCUUGCCUCUCUUGGGGAUCUUAAAGAUCACUGAUUGGCAGUUGACCAAAAUAAUAUUGGGCCAUAGUACUUGUACUCCAGUAUUUGUGCUGCUAUGGAGUCCCUAAAAAACUGUGUAUUAAUCCGAAAGUAGUAGAUCAUACCUUUAAAUUCCAGCACUGAUAAGGCUUAGUCAGUGAGAGUUAAUGGCUAGCCUGGUCUACAUAGCAAGUUCCAGGACAGCCAGAGCUACCUGUCUCAAACGCGUGCGCGCGCGCGCGCACACACACACACACACACACACACACACACACACACACACACACACACAGAGAGAGAGAAAGGGAUAGACAGACAUGGGUGGGGUGUUCGGGGUGGGGGACUGAGAAUUGGGUAAGCCAAUUUUUCUUAAUGUGGCUGUGUGUGGACAGGGAAAUGACUAGAAACUCACACUAGAAUCAGAAUUGGCUGUCAUCCUGAGCUCUUUGUGCAACAGGAAACAGGAGUGCUGUUUUUAGAUGCUGACUACAGAAGGGAGUACAUAGAUACAGUGGCCAGGGUGUUCCUUAGAAUGAAAACAACUUGAAUGUGUACCCCUGUUCUUCUAUGUAGUGACCUGUGAGCAAAUCAAGCAGAAUGCUAAUGCUUAUGUGUAGCUGAAAAGAUCGUUUGAAAUGAAAUCACAAUUAAGUUGGCAGCUUACCGAGUUUUUGUUAGUAUUUUGCCUCCUUUCAGGCAGGGGCUGAGGGCUUAGUGAGCCUUCUCUGGCAGGGCAUUUUGGAUCCCUAUAAUAAACAUCCAGGUCCUCAUUUUGCAAUGACUAAGUUAGCACAUUGGUUUUCCACUCGUUAACCCAUGAGCACCGCAGUGUGUCCUUUCUUCCUAAUGGGUGGUUUUUAAUUUUUGUUUUGUUUUCUUUGUUGUUUGUUUUAUAACCCAGACUAAUAACAAGAGCAGGGCUUUGAUGUGUCCUCUACAUGCCUACAUCUGAUCUUCCAUACAGGCCCUCACCAACCGAUGCUCGGAUGUUGGGCCGUUGUCUUUUAGUGAUUUCCGGGGUCUCUGAGACCACUGAAAUCUUUCAGGCCUCAGGAUUUCCUGCUGUGCCCUUCUUCAACAUCUGUGACACUUGAGGGGUUUGGAUUUGCUACCAAGAAAGCCUCAAGAUAGAAGACAAAGGACAUGGCUGAAGAUACGAUUUUCCAGCAGAGAACCCAGCCAUUGGGUGCACAGGAGCAGCAUGAGUCACGUGAGGUCGUAUGAGAAGUUAUAUGAGGUACAUUGUACAUCUACAGAAAGAAAGGAGUGUUAAUAAGAUAAAAUGCAGAGGUGGAUGUCUUUUGAGGAUGUGACUGUGAACUUCAGCCAGGAGGAGUGGCAACAGUUGGAUUCUGCUCAGAGACUCCUGUACCAGGAGGUGAUGCUGGAGAUCUACAGCCACCUCUUGUCAGUGGGGUACUCCAUUCCCAGCCCCGGAGUCAUCUUUAGGCUGGAAAAGGGAAAGGAGGCCCAGGCAGGAAAGGCUGAAUUCCCAGGCCAGGGAUGUCAAGAAAAAUCAGGAACUGGUACCUCGCCACAGAAAGUGUCUGAGAAAGCUUCCGUUCAUAGCAAUAUGGCAAGUGAAGUCACAAGAGAUGGCUCAUGGUGUUCCCUUUUACAAGAACUAUGGCAGGGUGCUGACAUUACAAAGAAAGGUCAACAAAACCAGAUUCUACCUUUCCCUCCUGUUUCUUUCCUCAAGAAAACUCUGAGCAAAAAUAGUGGUCAUGACUAUCAAAAGCCUGGGGAAACCAUCCCUUUGAGAUCCUACCUUAUUUCAACACAAGAGGGUCUUCCACAAUAUUGCUCACUUCCAAAAAGUUUGGACCUAAACCUAGGAGCAAAUGGUCCGAAUGAAAGGGAUCGGCUCAUUGACAUUGUUGCAUCAAGUCAGCUUCUUAUGCCAGGCUCUUGUAAUGCUGACCGUGUGGUUCCUCAUGGAGGAGAGUCAUACAGAAGUACUGGGAAUGGAGACGUUCUCAGCCACAAACAACCACUGAUCUAUGGGAACCAUUUUCAGGAGAAAGCAGAUCAAGGUUCUCAGUGUCAGGAGGUACUCUAUGCCAUAUCUUUGCAUAAACCUGAGAUCACUCUCACUGUGGACAGACCGAUUGCUUCCUACAGUGGUGGGAAGGUUUUCCUUUAUGUGUCGGAUUCAUUGAGCCAUCCAUUCCAGCUGAAGGUGGACCAUCUAGUUCACACUGGAGGGGACCCUUACAAGUGCAGCAGCUGUGAGGAAUCCUUUUGCACUGAGGCUGCACUCCAACAGCACGAGCAAAUUCACACAGAAGAGAAACCAUAUGUGUGUACUCUGUGUGGGAAAGCAUUUAGUGAUGGGUCAGCUUUCUAUGAACAUGAAUUGAUUCACAAGAAUCACACACCUUUUAUCUGUGACAUUUGUGGGAAGGCCUUCUUACGUAAAUCAGAGUUGACAUCCCAUAAACAAAGUCACAGCGGAGAGAAACCUUACAAAUGCAAUGACUGUGGGAAGUCAUUUAAAUUUCCAUCCCAGCUGAAGGUACAUCGUCAAAUUCAUACGGGUGAGAAGCCUUAUGAAUGCCGUGAGUGUGGAAAGUCAUUCAGUAAAACAGCCAAACUCAAGGUGCAUCAGCGAAUUCACACAGGGGAGAAGCCUUAUGUGUGUUCUCAAUGCGGAAAGGCCUUCAAUCAGAAGUCAAUACUAGACCGGCAUGAAAAGCUUCACCCUGGGGAGAAGCCUUACAAAUGCAGUGACUGUGGGAAGUCAUUUAAUUAUCCAUCCCAACUGAAGGUGCACUGCCAUAGUCAUACAGGGGAGAAGCCUUAUAAAUGCCAUGAGUGUGGGAAGUCAUUUAAUUUCCCAUGUGAACUCAAGGUGCAUUAUCAGAAUCACACGGGAGAGAAGCCUUACAAAUGCCGUGAAUGUUGGAAACUGUUCAGCAAAAUGUCCCAACUGAAGGCACAUUAUCGAGUUCACACAGGAGAGAGACCUUAUAAAUGCAGCCACUGUGGAAAAGCCUUCUCUACUAAGGAACAAGUCCAAGAGCAUGAGAGAAUCCAUACAGGAGAGAAACCCUUUGUGUGCACUGAAUGUGGAAAAGCCUUCAGUAGCAGGUCAUCUUUUCGUAAACACCAGUUAAUUCACACUAAAGAGAAACCUUUUGUCUCUCAGAAAUGUGAGACAGGCCUCCAGGAGUCUACUUUGACACCCCAUCAGCAACUUCAUAUUGGUGAGAAGCCUUACAAGUGCCCUGACUGUGGGAAGUUGUUUAAUUAUCCAUCCCAAUUGAAGUCACAUUAUCAAAUCCACACAGGAGAGAAGCCUUGUAAAUGUCCUGACUGUGGGAAAUCAUUUAGUAAAACAUCUCAACUGAAGGCACAUUCUCGAAUACACACAGGGGAGAGACCGUAUGUGUGUUCUGUGUGUGGGAAAGCCUUCAAACAGUUGUCAACAUUGAGUAGACAUGAAAAAAUUCACAUGGUGGAAAAGCCUUACAAAUGUAAUUUCUGUGGGAAGUCAUUUUGUUCUCCAUCUGAGCUAAAGGUGCAUCUUCUAAUUCACACGGGGGAGAGACCUUACAAAUGCAACAGCUGUUGGAAAGCCUUUUGUACUAAGGUUCAACUCCAAGAGCAUGAGCGAAUUCACACAGGGGAGAGACCUUACGUGUGCACUCAUUGUGGGAAAGCCUUUAGAAGCAGGUCAGUUUUCUCUAAACAUAAGUUGAUUCACAGGAAGGUAACACCUUUUAUCUGUGAGAGAUGUGGGAAAGUGUUCUUACAGAAGUCAGAGUUGACAUCUCAUCUACAAACUCACAUUGAAGACAAGCCUUAAGGAAUGUCAAGACUGGAAAAUUGUUUAGUCAGAUACACAACUGAGUGUGCACCAUCAAAUUCACAUGGUGAAGAAGCCUUCCAAAUGCAGUGACUAGGAAUGUCUUGGCUUCUAAUGCCCAGCUCCAACGGUAUAAAUAAAUGAAUUCACUCAGGAGACACCUUUGUGCUCUGAAUGUGGAAAAGUCUUCAGUAACACAUUAACUUCAUAGGCAUCGAAUGUCUCAUUCUAGCAUGAGACCAUUGUCUCUCUCAGUGUGGGUCAGAUUUGGCAUAUUGUAGAGGAACUCACUGAAGAGUAGGCUUUGAAAUGCCAUGACUUGGAAAUCAUUUCUGUAUCAGAGAUUAGUCCCAUCAUCAGUUCAUAAGUGGGGAUGCCCUAAGUGUUCUGAAGGAAGGAAGGAAGGAAGGUCCAUAACAGGUCCAAAUUCAGCAUGUAUAUUACAUGACUCAUACCACAAGUAGUUUUUUAUAGGUGCUGUUUGUUCUACAUAACAGGUUUUACUGAGAAAUGAAUUCCUAGCUUAUCAGCAUAUUCCAAAAUGAAAUUUCUUUAUUUACUUGAAGUUCAUUUUAUGGCAAAAUCUAAUUGCACAUCACCUGAUUAAUAUUACAGAAAACAUUUAUUUGUUUAUUGAUUGUUUAGACAGCAAACAUGCAUGAGGAAUGUCACAAAUUGGUAAUGAUAGGCAUAUAUGUUUAUAUUUGUCUUGUUAAACAUGAAUUUCAUUUCACAUUCACUUUGACUAAUUUUAGAAGUGUUUUUGUAGAAUGUAAUAUAAGAUAAAUUUUACUAAAGUAUUGGAAAAUUUAAGAUAAUUUAAGUCAUUAAAAUAUAAAGUCAUAAUUAAGUCAUUAAGAUAUUCCAUUUGUUGUGGGAGUUCAGUAAAACCCUUAAGUGCCAGCCAUGGGAAUAGUAGGGUGGUUUUAUAAAUGGGCAUUGUAUGUAUGUAUGAACUAUAUAAAUGUAUGUAAGUAUAUAUACACAUGUGCCUGUAUUUAGUCAAUGCUUGUAUGGACUUGUAUGUAAUCUUGAAAUUUCAUGGCGUUUUCUAUAGAAUUAACUGCAAAAAAGAAAGCAGUAGUUUAUUAUUAAAAAGUACAUUCAUUUAUCAUAUAUAUACAUAUAUAUAUGUGUAUAUAUGUAUGUAUUAUAUAUACAUGCUGCUAGGUAUAUGUGGCUGUCAGAUAAGUAAAUCAGUAAGUCAGUGAUCUCACACCAUGUGGAUCUUGGGCAUUGCAUUUGGAUUUGUCAGACUUGGUGACAGUCACCUUUAUCCACUGAGCCAUCUUGCCCUGUAGCUAUUGUUAUUUUUAUUUAACAGUUUCUAUAUUGAGCUUCCACCAUCUUUUUUUUUAUUAUAUGGAUGUCUUUGAAUAAAUGAGAUCUAGGGCA